AUAGAAGGCGAGGAGGAGGAGGGGGUGGGGUGCCUCUCUCCACAGCUUGGACUACUCUUCUGGUUGUCACACUAGCAGCAAGGUUAGUCCCACGUGUGGGUAGCAUAGCUUAGCAUAGCCUAGCACGGGCUCCGAGCGCAUUUUUUUUUUUUGGAAAGGAUUAUUUUGCACUUUUGACGGGGUUGUGGAAAUGCAGGAAUGAAUAGUUUCAGAGCCGCUUGUAGGGGAGUCACACCGAGAGCAGGCAGCAGAAAUGGUGGCAGGGCGGACAGUAACUAAUCAGGAUUGCAUUGCUGAGAAGAAGCCGUCUUAAAGUGAAUAUUCCCGCAGAAUGCUGAGCCCCGUGAUGCCCUAUAGCCUUUUGAAGAUGCACUGGACGCCAGAGCAUGCCCAGCCCCUCAGCCAGUGGCCCGAACAGCACCUGGACGUCUCGUCCACCACCUCCUCCCCGGCCCACAAGUCCGACAUUUACCAAAGUAGCCGGCAGCGCAGCAACUACGCCUGGGCCAACGACGACAUCUCUGCGCUCACGGCCUCCAACCUCCUCAAGAGGUAUGCGGAGAAGUACUCCGGGGUCCCGGACUCCCCCUACGAAAGGGGCGGCUACCCCGACGGACCGUUCGGGCCACUCGGCGGACAGAAGAGCGAGUCGGAGCCGUGGCAGAUGCCCCACGGCACGGAGGGCUCCUACCCGAUCGCCCCGGCGCACGACGGCCUGCCCGGGGGGUCCAAGACCCCAGCGGUGACCUCUGGAGCCCCGUCUGGGACGGUCAGUCCUUCGGUGACGAACGGCAACCUCUCGGACCCCGGCGGGUACACCGCGGCGCUCGGAGGGCUGGCAUCUCAAGAGUACACCUCUCCGUACAACGGGACUUACCUCUCCUCGGGGUACUGCACCCAGCCCAGCACAGCACUUCCUCCUGCCCACCCCGCAGCCCUCCAUACCUCAGGACUACUGCAGCCCACGCACCCACCGCCCACUCUGAUGCCAGGUUAUGGCUCUCCAGGCUCCAUGUAUUCCAACUACCCUCCGAGCGGCUACCCAUCCCAGCAGGGUCUUGGGCCUGGCUACGCCGGUGUCCACCCUCCACCACCCUACCUCCCAUCCGGGAUCGCAACCCCUACUCCCCUGCCCCCUUCCUCCAGGCCACCAGGGGUAGUGGGAAGCUACGGCUAUCAGAGCCACAAUCUGACGCCCCUCCCCUUGGUUCCCGACGCGGGUGGGGGCGGCUCCCUGAAGCGCAAAGCCUUCGAAAUGGUGGUGGAGGAGGAGGACGGCUCUCGCUACAGGAAGUACGGGUACGAGCAACCCAAGACUACCUCUGGCUCCCCUUAUCACCUAUCGGAGAAGGGGGCCAACGACUGUAGAGGCAAUGGCUUCAGCGCCAGCGGAGAGGGACAAAGCUACAAGCCCGCGAAGACGCCGCAGCAACCGCCAGCCGUUAUGGCGGAGGAACACGUGGGAAAGUACGGCAGCCAGCCCAUGAAGGCUUUGGUGUCUCCGAGCUACAGCAACGCCGGGGAGUACAGCCCUCCGCUGAUGACAGGGGGGAACGCCGGUUUCAUGCACCGGAUGCAGGUGGCCUUCAAGCUGCCGGGCUCCUGCGGACAGUCCGAGGAGCUCCUGAAGAGUGCCGACCCGCAGGUGGUGGAGCUGGUCACCAACGAGAUCGUGGACCGCGGGCCACCCGUGCAGUGGAGUGAUAUCGCCGGACAGACACAAGUCAAAGCUGCCAUCGAGGAGGAGCUGCUGUGGCCCAUCCUAAGGCCAGGGGCUUACACAGCAGUCAGCCGGCCGCCCAAGACCAUCCUGCUCUUCGGGCCCCGCGGAGGGGGCAAGACGCUGCUGAGCAGGUGCGUGUCGACCCAGCUAGGGGCCACGCUCUUCAGGGUCAGUGGGGCGGCCCUGGUCUCCAAGUGGAAGGGCGACGGGGAGGAGAUCCUGCGGACCGUCUUCCUGAUGGCGGGGUGCCGGCAGCCCUCGGUGGUCUUCGUCAGCGAGGUGGAGUCUCUGCUCUCAGGGGAGGAGGAAGGCGGCCUCAAGCCCCAGCUGCUCUCUUACCUGGAGGCUCACGGCGGGGGGAGCGGCGUGGUGGUAGUCUGCUCCACGAGGCGGCCGGACGAUCUCGACGAAGAGGCGCACAGAAGGUUCGCCAAACACUUCUACAUCUCCCUGCCGGACAGCGGGGUGCGCAGGCAGAUCCUGCACCACGCCCUGGCCCAGCAGAGCUGCUGCCUCAGCGAGAGGGAGAUCACGUCCGUGCUGCAGCGCACCGAGGGGUACUCGGGGAUCGAGCUCGUCCAGCUCUGCCAACAGGCCGCAGCCUCCGCAGGGCAAAUCCACGGGCUGCCUGGCCAGCUCCAGCCAACCUCCUACAAGGACUUUGAAAGCGCUUUCUGUAAAGUGCGACCCAACGCAUCCCAAAAGGAGCUGGACAUGUGCAUGGAGUGGAAUAAGAUGUACAGUUCAAGCCAAUGAGGAGGAUAUAUCACUACAGCUAUCUGUUAAAGACGGAUGGGAUCCAGUUUUUGGGUAGACUGGGUCACAACACUUUGUUUAGUACUUAUUUUUACAGCCAAAAAAAUUACAUUUUGGGGGGAGGGGGUUAGGUAGGGCAGGGAGGGAUAAUGGAUUGUUUUUUUUUGUCCCCAAAGAGCUGAACGAAUGGGUAUUUUUUUAGCGUGGGUGAGGUGGAGUCUCAAUGACGGCACUCAGGAUAACUGCUAUUUAUUAUUAUCAGUCUGCACCAGCUGGUACUGCAAACUUACCGCUUUUAAAAAUCAAAAACGGAGCACAAUGGUUGAAAAAAAACCCCUAAAGAAUAUCAUUCUGAAGACCAAAAAAUUGCCACAGAUGAUCUUUGCUUUUUUUUUUUUUUAAAUAGAAAUAUAUAUUUAUCUUGACAUUUUUUCUUCAUGUAAAAAAAAAAAAAAAUAUUUGACAAGGAAUCAAAUCUGGAGUGUUGAAGCCAUGAACUGCCGUUAGGAAAAAAAAAAAACUGGGAAAAGCAACUGGAUUCCUUGGAGCGUGUCGAAUUAAAAAAAAUAAUCUUCCCUCUGAGGAAAACUCCAAAAUCAUUAACCUAUCCAAUGCAAGAAGACUCUUAAACACACCUCCCAAGGCACGGAACUCACAGUCUUGUCUGUAUGAAUUAAUUUCGGGGGAAAUUGGUGAAGAGCACAAACACACCAAGAAAAAAAAACAACUUGAAUGUUCAAGCAUGAUGUCAAUUCCAACAAAACAUUAAAAGAAGUCGCAAAAAGGUGUUAUCCCAGGCUGUCUUCUCUCAUUGCAAGUGUAAAGGAAUCUGCUGAGGACUACAGCACAUAAACACUACACUUUUUUGGAAACUCUGAUCCACAGCAGGUUUUACGACGCCGAUAAACUUACCUUGCAACGCCCCCCCCCCCCCCCCCCCCCCCCCCAAGCAAGUGAACAUCACAUUGAAAACAAAAACAUGCCUGGACACGGCCCUUAAAUGCAGACACUUGAUGUAUAUUGACCUCAGUUUGCUUUUAAAAAAAACAUUUAUUAAAUGUUAUGUAGUCUUGACUCGAAUACUCAGGAAGAAUUUAUGUACCUCAAAAAAAAAAAAAAACACGAAAAAGAAUGUAAUGUAACCGUUUGUGGACUUUUUAGUGAACUUCUUUCGAGAAGAGUCUGAACAUAAAAGAAGAAAGCAAGAGAACUGAAACACGAGUUACACACAGCAGCAGCUGUUGUGUUUACCUCAGUGGGGAAAAAAAACAAAGGAAGAAAAAACUUGAAGUUGAAACCAAGACUAAAGUUGAAUGUAAUUCAGGUACUUUUUAAAGGAUUAUUGAUGCCAUAAAUCCUGUUAGGGUAUCUUUGUUUUUGUUUUUUUUUCCUCUCUUCUCCCACCUUUUUUUUACUGUAGUUUUUUUAGUGCAGUGAUGUUUUGUCUGCCAAUGUUUUUUUUUUUUUUUUUUUAUAGGCUAAAGAAAUACUUCAAAUGCCAUUUUUUGUGACAGACUGGAGGGUAGGGAGAGCGCGACAUGACGCGUAGGCACACAGUCCCAGGUCCCCAAUCGCAAACCAUACACAGCGGUGUGUGUAUCGUUUCUGUAACACUGUCUAGCGAGUCUAAAGAGUGAAAUCGUGAUACACACUGCCUCCUAACAGAGGACCCGUUCAGAGCAUACUGUUGGGAGCAGAUGCUUUGGGUUCACACUGUUUCUAGAGAGCUUGAGUUUCAAUCACAUGUAACUCAUCAAUCAAUCUCCAAAGCAAUCAAAUCAGGACUUUCAUCAGUCAGGCUCUGUAGGGUACACACAUUGCUGUGCUAAAAGACGAUACGCGCUGUUUUAUAAGGUUUAUAAUAAAGAUCUUACUUCAAAUCUUCACUUCAGUAUAGUAUUUCUCCCCAGCAAACCCCCCAUUCGGAUCAAUGCUACCGGUUCCAAAGAAAAUACUGAUCGCUCCUAUAAGGUGUCCCGGCUUUACAACUUCUAGAUUAUUACUGUAGUUUUAAAUAAAACAGAGUGUGGUCUAUGAGAUUCAUUGGGAACUGCUUUACUGGUCGACCCAAAAGAGAUUAGCGUACUUAAAAUAAACGAGACGAAUGAAAUUGAACACACAUCUGCGCAUCCCAAAGCUUAUAAAAUAGAAAGCUUACUGUAGCUUCCAAAAGUGUUGUGUGUGAUACUGCACAUGCUACAAGAAAAAAAAAAAAAAAAAACACGAAAUUUACUGGGAAACGAGGCAGAACUAAAAACCCUCAACUAUUUCAGUGUAUAAAUUCAUUUCCUGUGUUUCAGAUGAUUUCGGUACGCAGCGUUCACGCGGUCCAGUGUCGUCCUAGUCAUCGAUCGAUCUGUUCAAACCCCUUCCGUUUUGUUUUCUUUACUUUCUCAAACCCCUCUCUUUAUUGUAUGUCACAUCGCGCUGGCCGCCUCUCACUAUGAUGAAUGGCCUCAUACCGACCGCACUCCGACACAGUAUUGUGUUUCUCAGUCUGCAUAUAGUCUUUUUGAGAUGCGAUUCAUUGAUUGAUGUCCAGUAACCCAGGAUUACUAUUGGGGGAUCCCAAGUGCAGCUGGUGCCCUUAAUCAUGAGAGAGGAACGGGUCGCUUGCGGUGACCUUUACUGAAUGUAUUGAUCUGGGCAGAGGAGAGAGAUUCAUCACUACUUAGUGCGUUACUUUUUAUAGAGCUCAUAUUACUACUGUAGUAAAAACACACACACACACAUAUAUAUAUA